AUGGACAUGGAUCACCAAGGUGGCGACGGCGAGGAGCGCCAGCAGCUGGAUGAUCAUUGUGAUGAGCAAGACCAUGAGCUGCUGGAAGCGCAGGGCGACCGGAGGAGGUCACUGUCGCUGGAGAUCGACAGGGAAUCACCUCUGCAGAAGCAGCAGUCGUCGUCGUCGUCGUGGCGGGCUGCGGCAGCCAGCUUCAGGGAGAGCCUGUCCCGCUCGCUCUCCCUCAACCAGCUGCAACACGAGCAUCAGGACAAGGAUGACGAGGUUGAGCUGAGAUGGGCGGCCGUCGAGAGGCUGCCCACCUUGGACAGGCUUCACACCUCGCUGCUCCUCCACACAGACCAAGACCGUGACCAGGUGGUGGACGUGCGCAGGCUGGGCGCGGCGGAGCGGCGCAUGGUGGUGGACACCCUCAUCGCCAACGUCCACCGCGACAACCUCCGCCUGCUCCGCAAGCAGCGCCAGAGGAUGGACAGGGUCGGCGUCCGCCCGCCCACGGUGGAGGUGCGCUGGCGCGACGUCUGCGUCGAGGCGGAAUGCCAGGUGGUGCAGGGGAAGCCGCUCCCCACCAUCUGGAACGCCGUCAUCUCCAACCUCUCUGUAUGCUCCACCAUGCUGGGCCUCAACCUCAACCGGCAGCAAGCCAGGAUCCGCAUCCUCAGCGGCGUCAGCGGCGUCGUCAAGCCUUCCAGGCUGACGCUGCUCCUGGGACCCCCUGGCUGCGGCAAGACCACCCUCCUCAAGGCGCUCGCGGGGAAGCUCAACAACGCCAGUCUCAAGGUCACAGGAGACAUAGAGUACAAUGGUGUGGAGCUGAAGCACUUCGUCCCGGAGAAGACCGCAGCUUACAUCGAUCAGUACGACCUUCAUGUCCCUGAGAUGACUGUCAGAGAGACUAUCGACUUCUCUGCAAGAUUCCAAGGCGUUGGCAACAGAGCAGAAAUCAUGAAGGAGGUGAUUACAAGGGAGAAGGCGGCCGGGAUUACCCCUGACCCUGAUGUCGACACUUAUAUGAAGGCGAUAUCUGUCGAAGGUUUAGAAACGAGCAUGCAAACAGACUACAUUAUGAAGAUCAUGGGACUUGACAUAUGUGCUGACAUAAUGGUGGGAGAUGCAAUGAGAAGAGGUAUUUCAGGCGGUGAGAAGAAGAGACUUACCACAGGAGAGAUGAUAGUAGGACCCUCAAAAGCACUCUUCAUGGAUGAAAUAUCAACUGGGCUAGAUAGCUCCACAACCUUCCAAAUUGUUUCUUGCCUCCAACAGUUGGCUCAUAUCUCAGAGUCUACCAUACUAGUCUCACUUCUUCAACCAGCACCAGAGACUUAUGAGCUUUUUGAUGAUAUUAUAUUGAUGGCCGAAGGAAAAAUUGUGUACCAUGGAUCUAAGAGUUGCAUUAUGAGUUUCUUUGAAUCAUGUGGAUUCAAGUGCCCUGAUAGGAAAGGUGCUGCUGACUUUCUCCAAGAGGUCUUGUCGAAAAAGGACCAACAACAACAUUGGAUCAGCUGCGGAGAAACAUACAAUUUUGUUACUGUUGACCAGUUCUGCGACAAGUUUAGAGUGUCUCAAGUUGGUCAAAGUCUUGCUGGAGAUAUUUCAAAACCUUACGACAAAUCAAAAGGGCAUAAAAAUGCAUUGUCCUACAGUAUCUAUUCGUUAUCCAAGUGGGACCUCCUCAAAGCAUGUUUUGCAAGGGAGCUUCUCCUCAUGAAACGGAAUGCCUUCAUCUACAUAACAAAAACUGUUCAGCUUGCAUUACUUGCCGCUAUUACUGGGACAGUAUUUUUGCGCACACAUAUGGGUAUUGAUAGAGUUCAUGCUAAUUAUUACAUGGGUUCGCUCUUCUAUGCACUCCUCCUGCUGAUGGUGAAUGGAUUCCCUGAGCUUGCCAUGGCAAUUAGUAGACUUCCAGUCUUCUACAAACAAAGAGACUAUUACUUCUACCCUGCAUGGGCGUAUGCAGUACCAGCUUUUAUCCUAAAGGUUCCAAUCUCUUUAGUCGAGUCAAUAGCUUGGGCAUCACUAUCUUACUUCCUCAUUGGCUAUACUACUGAGGCAUCCAGAUUCUUCCGUCAUCUUCUUAUCCUCUUCCUGAUCCACACUGGAGCGUUAUCGAUGUUUAGAUGUGCUGCCUCUUAUUGCCAAACAAUGGUUGCUAGUUCAGUGGGUGGUACAAUGUCAUUUCUAGUCAUCCUUCUAUUUGGGGGUUUCAUCAUUCCUCGCCAAUCCAUGCCUAAUUGGUUGAAAUGGGGAUUUUGGCUUUCUCCAUUAUCAUACGCUGAGAUAGGCUUAACUGGGAAUGAGUUCUUGGCGCCAAGAUGGCUAAAGUUCACGGUAUCUGGUGUGACACUUGGACGAAGGAUAUUAAUGGAUAGGGGGUUAAACUUCUCCAGCUACUUCUACUGGAUUUCAGUUGGAGCAUUAAUUGGGUUCGUUUUGUUAUUCAAUAUAGGCUUUGCCUUUGGCUUGACUAUUAGAAAGCCUCCAGGAACUUCUAGAGCUAUUAUUUCUCGUGAUAAGCUUACCACAUUUAAUGGGAGAGACCAAUGUAUGGCUCAAUACACUGAAGAUGGUAUACAUAAGCCACAAGAAGAAAAUUCUUCUACUCCCAGCAGGACUGGAAGGAUGGUAUUACCUUUCACACCCCUUGCAAUAUCAUUUCAGGAUGUGAACUACUAUGUGGACACACCUGCGGAAAUGAGGGAGCAAGGUUGCAUGGAGAGAAAAAUUCAACUACUCCACAACAUCACAGGAGCCUUCCAACCAGGAGUCCUUUCAGCACUCAUGGGGGUUACUGGGGCAGGGAAAACAACCUUGCUUGAUGUUCUUGCUGGGAGGAAAACUGGUGGUGUUAUAGAAGGAGAUAUAAGAAUAGGAGGUUAUCCUAAAGUUCAACAAACCUUUGCUAGGAUAUCAGGUUACUGUGAACAAACUGAUGUUCAUUCUCCACAGAUCACAGUGUGUGAGUCUGUUGCAUAUUCAGCCUGGUUGCGCCUUCCUAUAGAAAUCAACUCCAAAACCCGAAAUGAAUUUGUCAAUCAAGUUCUAGAAACAAUUGAGUUGGAUGAAAUAAGAGAUGCUUUGGUUGGGAUACCAGGCAUAAAUGGACUAUCUAUAGAGCAACGGAAGCGGCUCACAAUAGCAGUUGAGCUUGUAUCUAACCCUUCAAUCAUAUUCAUGGAUGAGCCAACAUCAGGCUUGGAUGCAAGGGCAGCUGCUAUCGUCAUGCGUGCGGUGAAGAACGUUGCGGACACAGGUCGAACUGUUGUGUGCACCAUUCACCAACCAAGUAUCGAAAUAUUUGAGUCAUUUGACGAGCUGAUGCUGAUGAAAAAAGGUGGACAAUUGAUCUAUGCUGGGCCUCUUGGACACCAGUCAUGUGAGGUCAUCAAAUAUUUCCAGGCAAUUCCUGGGGUACCCAAGAUCAAGGAGAACUACAACCCAUCAACAUGGAUGCUAGAAGUUACCUCAACAUCAAUGGAAGCUCAACUCGGAGUCGACUUUGCACAAGUUUUUAGGGACUCGCCAAUGUACAAGGAUAAAGAUGAACUCGUAAAAUGCUUGAGCGUACCACCUUUGGGUACAAGCAAUCUCCAUUUCCCAACGCGAUAUCCACAAAAGUUUUGGGAGCAGUUCAAAGCCUGCAUUUGGAAACAAUGCUUAUCAUAUUGGAGGACACCAUCCUACAACUUGGUGCGGUUUGUGUUCAUGUCAGUCACCUGCAUUGCCUUUGGAGCAUUAUACUGGCAGCAAGGCAACAUAAAUCAUAUAAAUGACCAGCAAGGUUUGUUCACCAUAUUGGGAUGCAUGUAUGGCACCACUCUAUUUGCUGGUAUCAACAAUUGCCAGUCAGUGAUGCCAUUUGUCUCCAUUGAACGUUCCGUUGUGUAUAGAGAAAGGUUUGCAGGAAUGUACUCUCCUUGGGCUUACUCUUUUGCACAGGUUGCUAUGGAGAUUCCUUAUGUGUUUGUGCAAAUAUUGUUUUUCAUGUUGAUAGCUUACCCAAUGAUAGGAUACGCAUGGGAAGCAGCAAAGUUCUUCUGGUUCUUGUAUACCAUGUUUUGUACGUUGCUCUACUUCCUAUACCUUGGAAUGAUGAUGGUGUCACUCACCCCAAACAUCCAAGUGGCAUCCAUAUUAGCAUCUAUGUUCUACACUAUACAAAACCUCAUGUCUGGCUUCAUUGUGCCUGCUCCACAAAUACCAAAAUGGUGGUCAUGGUUGUACUACAUGUCCCCCAUGUCAUGGACACUCAAUGUAUUCUUCACCACCCAGUUUGGGUAUGAGGACCAUAGGAAGAUUGACGUAUUCGGGGAGACCAAAUCCGUCGCGUCAUUUGUGAGAGACUACUUUGGUUUUCGACGUGACUUGCUACCAUUGGCGGCUAUAGUUUUGGCGGCCUUCCCCGUCUUCUUUGCCACUCUAUUUGGUUAUAGCAUUUCAAAGCUAAACUUCCAAAGGAGAUAG